GGAAACCGAGGAAUACUGCUAAGGAGACAGUGGUCAUGAAGGAGGAAUACUGCUAUCGAGACAGUGGUCAUGAAGGAGGAAUACUGCUAAGGAGACAGUGGUCAUGAAGGAGGAAUACUGCUAAGGAGACAGUGGUCAUGAAGGAGGAAUACUGCUAACGAGACAGUGGUCAUGAAGGAGGAAUACUGCUAACGAGACAGUGGUCAUGAAGGAGGAAUACUGCUAACGAGACAGUGGUCAUGAAGGAGGAAUACUGCUGACGAGAUAGUGUUCAUGAAGGAGGAAUACUGCUGACGAGAUAGUGUUCAUGAAGGAGGAAUACUGCUAACGAGACAGUGGUCAUGAAGGAGGAAUACUGCUAACGAGACAGUGGUCAUGAAGGAGGAAUACUGCUAACGAGACAGUGGUCAUGAAGGAGGAAUACUGCUGACGAGACAGUGGUCAUGAAGGAGGAAUACUGCUGACGAGAUAGUGUUCAUGAAGGAGGAAUACUGCUGACGAGAUAGUGUUCAUGAAGGAGGAAUACUGCUGACAAGACAGUGGUCAUGAAGGAGGAAUACUGCUAAGGAGACAGUGGUCAUGAAGGAGGAAUACUGUUGACGAGAUAGUGUUCAUGAAGGAGGAAUACUGCUGACGAGACAGUGGUCAGGAAGGAGGAAUACUGUUAAGGAGACAGUGGUCAUGAAGGAGGAAUACUGCUAACGAGACAGUGGUCAUGAAGGAGGAAUACUGCUAAGGAGACAGUGGUCAUGAAGGAGGAAUACUGCUAACGAGACAGUGGUCAUGAAGGAGGAAUACUGCUAAGGAGACAGUGGUCAUGAAGGAGGAAUACUGCUAAUGAGACAGUGUUCAUGAAGGAGGAAUACUGCUGACGAGACAGUGGUCAUGAAGGAGGAAUACUGCUAACGAGAUAGUGUUCAUUAAGGAGGAAUACUGCUAACAAGACAGUGGUCAGGAAGGAGGAAUACUGUUAAGGAGACAGUGGUCAUGAAGGAGGAAUACUGCUAACGAGACAGUGGUCAUGAAGGAGGAAUACUGCUAAGGAGACAGUGGUCAUGAAGGAGGAAUACUGCUAAUGAGACAGUGUUCAUGAAGGAGGAAUACUGCUGACGAGACAGUGGUCAUGAAGGAGGAAUACUGCUAACGAGACAGUGUUCAUGAAGGAGGAAUACUGCUAAGGAGACAGUGGUCAUGAAGGAGGAAUACUGCUAAUGAGACAGUGUUCAUGAAGGAGGAAUACUGCUAACGAGACAGUGGUCAUGAAUGAGGAAUACUGCUAAGGAGACAGUGGUCAUGAAGGAGGAAUACUGCUAAUGAGACAGUGUUCAUGAAGGAGGAAUACUGCUGACGAGACAGUGGUCAUGAAGGAGGAAUACUGCUAACGAGAUAGUGUUCAUUAAGGAGGAAUACUGCUAAUGAGACAGUGGUCAUGAAGGAGGAAUACUGCUAAGGAGACAGUGUUCAUGAAGGAGGAAUACUGCUGACGAGACAGUGGUCAUGAAGGAGGAAUACUGCUAAGGAGACAGUGUUCAUGAAGGAGGAAUACUGCUGACGAGACAGUGGUCAUGAAGGAGGAAUACUGCUAAGGAGACAGUGUUCAUGAAGGAGGAAUACUGCUGACGAGACAGUGUUCAUGAAGGAGGAAUACUGCUAACGAGACAGUGGUCAUGAAGGAGGAAUAUUGCUGAGGAGACAGUGGUCAUGAAGGAAAGGAGACAAGGAAAGGAUGCUGUUAGUGACACAGCACACUGUAUAUGUAAAUGAAGGUGUGAUACUGAUGUCUCCACCGGUGGUGUGAUGCUGCUUUGUUCCCUCAGGAAGGAAGUCUCUCAGCUCACGCUUCAGACGACAGAGCGGAACUGCUACAAGUCUGAGUGUUCUGAGGCUUGUGUGUGAACUCUCACCCAGGAAAAGUUCACUGCUGAGGACCUCUGUUUGACUACUGGAGCCGACACCACAGAGAGGAAUGGACAGAGAGGGAGGGAAGUAGAACUAACAAUCAUCUCUGAGUGUGUGGGAGACAGAAAUGCAGAGAAUCUUCAUGGAUGGAAUCUCAGACCUGUGGAUAUACAAGUGAGUGUCUGUUGAUAUCUGGAGCCCCAAACAGGAGAAGAUUGCAGUUCAACCAUUCUGACGUUUCUGUUGGGGCAGACAAACACCUUUCCUACCAGGCCUGUGCUGCUACCAGGCCUGUGCUGCUACCAUGCCUGUUCUGCUGUCGAGGACUUCUGUGAUGAUUUUGACCAGUGGUUAAACUCUGCAAAAAGGAUUACUGGGAUUCUUAAACUGUCACCUUUUACUACAUACUACGUUUGGAAUAAUUCAACUCGCACUGGACCCAUUCCCCAGUGAGGGGAAAUACACAACAGGCUCCACAAUGGCCACCGGACAGUUGAGACAGAAUGGUGGUGUGAGGGACGUGAUCCCAGAGGAUGGCAGUGACAGGGGAGGAAACUGUGGCAUUGCAGGGAAGUUGGCUGGAGACCAGGGCAGGACAGAGUGGAGAAGGCUAAACCUGCCCAAAAGGAGUAAGAGUUUAGACUGGAGUGGAAGGGGGGCUAGCCCUGGCGAGGAGCCCAGAACUGGACUGCUGAGGUUUUCUGAGAACCUAGGGGGGUCCACACUUAAACGAGCAGAGAGUUUGGAGAGUAGGAGGGCAGGAGAGAGCAAUGUGUUGUCCAGGGUGAAGGCCUUUAACUCAGUUGGACCAGGGGAAGUGAUGAGCCCCGUUGGGGGGUCAGGGCGUUCCGUUGGUGAAGUGGUGUCCCCUGUGGGUCUAGCGUAUGUGGCUAUAUCUCUGGAGAGGGCCACUGGGGGCCAGUCCCUCCCCACCAGGCUGAGUUCUAGUCCUGGUCCUGGGUCUGGAACCAGAAAACCAGCCGGUGGAUCUCUUGGAUCCUCCAGGGGUCAGAGUAUCUGGGACCGGAUACAGAAGCUCUAUGGGACUACUGGAACUGAUAAAGCUACUAACAGAGAUGAGGAUGUGAAGGACUCAACCAGAACCAAGCGUCUCUCAGCACCGGUAGGAGACUGGUCUCUAUUGGAGAGGGAUGGGGGGGAUACAGCAGCCAAUCGCAGGAAGUCCACCACAGACUCUGUCUUUGUUUCCCCCCUCUCCUCCCUCUUUUCCUCCACCCUCAGUGGAUUAUCCAGGGAGGAGAGGAACGGCCUGUUUGCACACACACCCCUAGUAGAACAGAACACCACACACACACUUUUGGUAGAACAGAACACCACACACACUACACACACACCACAGAGACAUCAGAAUAGUGCAGUCAAGGUGUCUGGUUUGAGCCCCUCACUGUCUCCAGUGUCAGGGUGGACCACACCCACACUCUCAUACAAACCCUCACACACACCCUUAGUGGAGGGGUCAUCAGUGUGCAUUAGGGACCCCUCACUAUCCCCUGCAUUAGGAGACAAACAGGAGAGAGGGAAAAAGGAGGUGACAAACACUGUGGGCAAAAAGAGUAGAAGUAGUGAAGACAGCGAAAAGGAGAGAGUAAGGGUGGGGAGCAUGGCUCAGGAAAAGGAGAGAGUAAGGGUGGGGAGCAUAGCUCAGGAAAAGGAGAGAGUAAGAGUGGGGAGCAUGGCUCAGGAAAAGGAGAGAGUAAGGGUGGGGAGCAUGGCUCAGGAAAAGGAGAGAGUAAGGGUGGGGAGCAUGGCUCAGGAAAAGGAGAGAGUAAGGGUGGGGAGCAUGGCUCAGGAAAAGGAGAGAGUAAGGGUGGGGAGCAUAGCUCAGGAAAAGGAGAGAGUAAGGGUGGGGAGCAUGGCUCAGGAAAAGGAGAGAGUAAGGGUGGGGAGCAUAGCUCAGGAAAAGGAGAGAGUAAGGGUGGGGAGCAUGGCUCAGGAAAAGGAGAGAGUAAGGGUGGGGAGCAUGGCUCAGGAAAAGGAGAGAGUAAGGGUGGGGAGCAUGGCUCAGGAAAAGGAGAGAGUAAGAGUGGGGAGCAUGGCUCAGGAAAAGGAGAGAGUAAGGGUGGGGAGCAUGGCUCAGGAAAAGGAGAGAGUAAGGGUGGGGAGCAUGGCUCAGGAAAAGGAGAGAGUAAGGGUGGGGAGCUUGGCUCAGGAAAAGGAGAAAUGGACUGAUGUCGAAGGAAAAGGACACAAGAAAAAGGAGGUUGAGAAGCGAGGGAGAGACAACGCUGAAGUCUUUCUCCCCCAGCACAGACUAUCAGUGACACCCACCAGGGACUCUCAGCCUAUCACAAUGUCCGGAGUAGGGGUCACCACAGGGUCAAACCCCCUCCUGACCAAUCAGCUUAAUGGGAAAACUGACACCUAUGACAGGAGCAAGACCCCUGGUAGAGGCGUGGCCAGGGAACAGAGCCUGUCAGAAGAUGUGUUUGAAGCCAACACCCCACAGAGGAUAACAUUACAGAACACAGAAAAUACCAAGUUACCUGGGAAACUGGUAGUGCCCUCUGCAGCCAGUGUGAGGAACAAGAUCCACCAGUUUGAAGCUCUGACACAGACAUCUCAGGUCCCAGUGCCCAACUACCUGAAGCCCAGACGUGCUUUCUCUGUCCCGGAGCAGCUCAGUGAGUCUGGAGAGGGGGUCAGGAAGAGUGGUUUGGAUAGACAGGUACGCGGGGUGGGGGGAGUAUGGGAGAGAGGGAGAGGAGGAAGAGAGGGAGGGAUUGUAAAUAUGGAUGGGGGGAGAGGACGAGGAGAAGGAGAAGGGGUAAGGAAGAGUGUGCCAGAUAAAGCACUUGGUGGAGGGAGAGGAAGUGAGGUAGUGAGAGAAGAGAGGAAGGCUCAUAGAGGGUGGGCGGUGAGGUCUAUGUCAGUGGAUGAGGUGAGGCUGGGGAGCAGGGAGAGAGGGGGAGUAGGGGAGAGCGGGGGAGUGGGGGAGAUAGGCAGAGUGGUUUAUAGAGGUUUAGUACAGGGAGUGGGGGAGAGAGGGGGAGUAGGGGAGAACGGGGGAGUGGGGGAGAUAGGCAGAGUGGUUUAUAGAGGUUUAGUACAGGGAGUGGGGGAGAGAGGGGGAGUGGGGGAGAUGGGGGAGACAGGGGGAGUGGGAGAGAUAGGUAGAGUGGUUUAUAGAGGUUUAGUACAGGGAGUGGGGGAGAGAGGGGGAGUAGGGGAGAACGGGGGAGUGGGGGAGAUAGGCAGAGUGGUUUAUAGAGGUUUAGUACAGGGAGUGGGGGAGAGAGGGGGAGUGGGCGAGAUGGGGGAGACAGGGGGAGUGGGGGAGAUAGGCAGAGUGGUUUAUAGAGGUUUAGUACAGGGAGUGGGGGAGAGAGGGGGAGUGGGGGAGAUGGGGGAGACAGGGGGAGUGGGGGAGACGGGAGGAGUGGGAGAGACAGGGGAAGUGGGGGAGAAUGCUGUUGGCUCUGGUACGUUUUCCAACGUCAAGGGUAAACUAGACAUCCCUCUGAAUGGCAAAACCACCAGACACACACUGAGAGACUUUUCCAUUGAUGAGCCAGACCUCCCCAAUCACACAGUCACACCCCAGGACUGGAGUAGGAGAGGCACCAACACAAAGACUACUACAGUCACUGCCAAGGAUACUUCAUCCUCCCAGCUGUCUAACUCUGUGAACAACUCCAAUGACGUUCUAGGUGGCCCUGACCAGUCUAGGAGGCCUCACAGUAGAGACUCACCUAACCUGCCAUCUCCAGUGAGCGAUGACGACAAGACACCAACCAACACGCCCCAGAACUCCCCCUUCCACCCCCAGAACACACCUCCCACCUCCCCACACCUCCCCACUACUUCCCUGCAGCCUAAACACCAACAGGGUGUAGAUUCAGGCCUGGCUGACCUAAAGAACCCUCCAGUCUCCACACACACAGCCCAGGGUAGGGUCACUACUGACCCUGCUAUCCCAGUCUCACACUCUGGCCUGGGGAGGGAUUCCCUGUCCCUUCCCCUCACCUCCUCCUCCCCCAGCAGCCUACCCCUCCUCCCCACUCUGGCUCGAUGGAACUCAGAGGAGGGGGGAUGGAGUGAUGAGGAUACUGAUGAUGAAGGUACAGAGAAGGACUCAGACUCCACCUACGACUCAGACUCUGCUGAAUCCUCGGUGACCGUCACCAGCGCCAUGAGCCAAUCACAUCGCAGGAGCUUCUCUCUCAGUCUGGCAGAGCUGUGUAACUUCGGAGAGGUGGACUAUGAUCCCCAGUCUUCCUCUGACAGUGAGGAGUGGCCGUCCAGCCGGUCAGCCAGCCGGUCAGCCAGCCUGUCGUCUGACGUGUCGGCAUUGUCCUGUGUGUCUGUCCUGGGCAGUGAUGAGCUGAACCGCCUGCUGGACGACGUAAAGGGCCUGGGGGACACAACGCUGCAGAACUAUGAGGAUGUCCAGGUGGUGGUUCUCCAUAAGGAUGUUGGUGUGGGACUGGGCUUCACCAUGGCAGGAGGAGUGGACCAGAACAAACCUGUCAUUGUCCAUAAGGUGUUCCCGGCAGGGGUGGCUGCUAAGGAGGGAUCCAUCCAGGAGGGAGACAAGGUCCUGUCAAUCAACGGCACAGCGCUGUGUGGCUCCUCCCACUGGGAGGUGCUGAGGACACUAAGGAGGGCACGGACUCAGGGCAUGGGCGUGGUUGUCUUGAGGAGAGGGGGGGUAACAGACCCCCGUAAGGGAGGAACAGUGACUGAUAGUCCAGGAGGGACACAGACAGAGCCUGCUAACACUGGUCAGAGGGUGUGUGUGAGGCUGGAGAAGCGCAGCAGAGACCUGGGCUUCAGUCUGGAGGGAGGAGUGGGUUCCAGCCUGGGAGACAAACCCCUCACCGUACAGAAACUCUUCCUGGGUGGUCCAGUGAACCAGGUGUCUCCAGGGGACGAGGUGAUGGAGAUCGAGGGUGUGAGCUUGGUGGGCCUGAGGAGGCUGGAGGCCUGGACCUUGAUCAGAACACUGCCCCCUGGGCCUGUGGAUGUGGUACUACACCGUCCUGACAUACCACAGUGACAGGAAGGAACAUUGAUAUGCACCCUCGAUAUGCUUAUAACAAGGCACUGAAGCAUUGUACUCCUAUGAGGUUGAAGUGAGGGUUGCCAAUCUGAUUUUGGAUAUGUGGUUCGGGUCAACUUCUACCUCAAGUGAGAGGGAUGAUAUGUAUUGCAGCAGUCAUACGAUGACAAAGCACUGAAGAGACCAGUAAACACUGAGGAGAGGGCCUGUCUGUGUAUAGGGUCAACCCAGGGUAUGAAGAGGGAGACAGAGAUCAAUACAGGUCAUUUAUUUAAUGUUGUAGACAUAUGCUGUAUGUUUCUUUAAUACCUAGUCGGCCCAUUGUUUUAUAUGAUGAAAUGUAAGGAGUUUGUAUAUGGCUGUUGUAAUAUAUAUUGUGACUGGAAAGUUAAUAAAUCCUACAAUAACCC